AUGAAUAAAAGAUCAUUAUCUCCACCACCAUCUUACGCUUCUGUUGUCAAUGAAUUACGUGAAGAAUAUCAGCAUAGUUUUGAUGAACUUGUCAGACGCUUUAAUAUUAGUCCAAUUUUUGCUGAAAAAUUAAACAAAUUGAAAGGUUAUGAAAUUGUUUUCAUUUGCGAUGAUUCAGGUUCAAUGAAAGCACCACUCGGUGAUGUUACUAAUCCACUUGGACCACAAAAAACACGCUGGGAUGAAUUAAAGGAAACAGUAUCGAUUGUUGUCGAUCUCGCUAGUGUUUUUGAUCCAGAUGGUAUUGAUGUCUAUUUCCUCAAUCGUGAAUCAAUGGUUAAUGUACGCAAAUCAUCAGAAUUAGAAAAUAUCUUUGCUAUGGAACCAGAAGGUUCAACGCCGAUUGUUCCUGUUCUUCGACAAGUACUUCGAGAGAAGCGUAAUCAAAUUUAUGAACGUAAAUUACUCAUUAUUAUAGCUACUGAUGGUGUACCAACAGAUGAACGAGAACGUCCAGAUAGUCAUACAUUAGAACAUGUUCUUAAAAAUGAACGUCAACCCAUCGAUCGAAUACCAGUUACGAUCGUUGCGUGUACAGAUGAUGAUACAUGUAUGGAAUAUUUGAAUGAUUGGGAUGAAAAAAUUCCAAACCUCGAUGUUAUUGACGAUUAUGAAAGUGAAAAGAAAGAAAUUCAGAAAUGUCAAGGCAAAGAUUUUCCAUUUGGUUUUGGUGAUUACAUAGUCAAAAUUCUUAUGGGUGGUAUUGAUAGUUGGAUUGAUAAUUUAGAUGAAAAGAAAGUGACUGUAGAUAAUCAAACACAGUCUAAUAGAAUGACAUAUAAUUUUUCUGAAGGUGCUUCACCCUCGAACUAUAGAUAA